UGACUUCUUAGUACUUUUUCCUAUCGACUACAUUACCGGCAGGCACCAUCAUUAGCUAUCCCGCCCAUAAAGCGUCACUGAUUCAAACUGCAGCCGAGGCAGAAGGAGAGAAAGCAGGGAGGCAGGCUGAUCACACACACUCAUACGCUGACGAGCAGAGGCAGAGAGAGGAGCACAUACAGCGAGUGAGAGACUGGAGAUCCUUCACUGGUUUUUUUUUUGCACUUGCAUGAACACAACCGUGGACCCCCCCAGGAUCUAAAGAUGUGGACAGAAGUCGGAAAGCUCGUGCUAUUACAUUUGCUACUCAUGGAGCUCCAUUGCGCUAAAGGAACUCAUACGGAAUCGGAGUGCGAAACCGGGCAGUUUCAGUGCAAGAACGGAAGGUGCAUCCCGACCCUGUGGAGAUGUGAUGAUGAUGAUGAUUGCUCAGACAGCAGCGACGAGGAGAAUUGUCCAAAGAAGACAUGUGCGACCACAGACUUUGCCUGUAAGAAUGGACAGUGCGUUCCGGCUAGGUGGCGCUGUGAUGGAGAGCCAGAGUGUGCAGACGGUUCAGAUGAGGCUGAUGCAAUCUGCAGCCGACAGACCUGUCCACCGGAGAAGUUUGAUUGCGGAGGGGCUGCCAGCAAAUGUGUCUCGUUGUCAUGGCGAUGCGACGGAGAAAGGGACUGUGAGAAUGGGGCAGAUGAAGAGCAGUGCGCUGCAGAUGCCAAAGCCUGUCCGUCCAAGGAUUUCCAGUGUCGUAACGGGAAGUGCGUGGCACCAAUCUUCGUCUGCGACGGCGACGACGACUGUGGGGACUCCAGUGACGAGGAGAAGUGCUCGGCUCCCACCUGCGGCCAGCACGAGUUCCGCUGCAAUGACUCUGAGUGUAUCCCAGCGCUGUGGAGCUGCGACGGUGACCCGGACUGUAAAGAUAAGUCAGACGAGUCCAUGGAGCGCUGCAGCAGGAGGACGGAGCCCCAGAAACCUCGCUGCCCGGUGGGAGAGUUCCAGUGCGGGAGCGGCGAGUGCGUCCAUAUGAACUGGAAAUGUGAUGGAGACGCAGACUGCAAGGAUAAGUCCGAUGAAGCGAACUGUCCACUGCUUACAUGUCGACCUGAUGAGUUCCAGUGCGGUGAUGGUUCCUGUAUCCACGGCACCAAACAGUGUAAUAAAGUCCACGACUGUCCAGACUACAGCGAUGAAGCUGGCUGUGUCAACACUACAAAGUGCGACGGGCCAAGAAAGUUCCGCUGUAAGAACGGGGAGUGUAUUGACAGCAACAAGGUGUGUGACAAUGUGAAAGACUGCAAGGACUGGUCUGAUGAACCUGUGAAGGAGUGCGGCCUGAAUGAGUGUACAGACAACAAUGGUGGCUGCUCCCACAUCUGCAGGGACCGGAGAAUUGGUUAUGAGUGUGACUGUCCCUCUGGGUACAAACUCCUGGACAAAAAGACUUGUGGAGACAUAGAUGAAUGUGAGAAUCCAGAUGCCUGCAGUCAGAUCUGCAUCAACUACAAAGGAGAUUAUAAGUGUGAGUGCUAUGAAGGAUACGAGAUGGACCCUGCCUCUAAGACCUGCAAGGCUGUGGGAAAGAGCCCGUACCUGAUGUUCACCAACCGCCAUGAGAUCCGUCGUAUUGACCUGCUGAAGAGUGAAUACACGCAGGUGGUUCCCACACUGAAGAACGCCGUGGCUCUGGAUGUAGACGUGUCUAUUAACAAGAUGUUCUGGUGUGAUCUAUAUCAUCAGAAAAUAUACAGCGCUUACAUCAACAAGGCGAGUGACUCUUCGCAGCAGGUGACACUCAUCGACUCUCUCCACUCCCCCGAGGGCCUGGCCGUUGACUGGGUCCACAAGAACAUCUACUGGACCGACUCGGGCAACAAGAGCAUCUCCGUCGCCACGGGAGACGGCCGGAAGAGGAAAGUGCUGAUAGCUACCGAGCUGAGCGAGCCGCGGGCCAUCGCAGUGGAUCCACACCAAGGGUUUAUGUACUGGUCAGACUGGGGAGGUCAGGCCAAAAUUGAGAAGGCUGGGAUGAACGGGGUGGAUCGACAGGUUCUGGUGUCUGAACACAUCGAGUGGCCCAAUGGAAUAACCCUGGACUUGUCCAACAGGCGUCUGUACUGGGUGGACUCCAAGCUGCACCUGCUAUCGAGCGUGGAUUUGAAUGGAGACAACCGCAAAGUGUUGCUGUCCUCCCAUCAUCACCUGGGACACCCCUUCGCUCUCACUGUCUUUGAGGAUCGCAUAUAUUGGACAGACUUGGAGGAUGAAGCGAUUUACAGCGCCAACCGUCUGACGGGGAACGAUGUGGCAAAAGUAGCAGAGCAUCUCAACAACCCCCUGGACCUGGUGGUGUUCCACGAACAGAGGCAACCCAAGGCCCCAGACACCUGUAACAUGGGCAGCCUGCCUAACGGUGGCUGUGAAUACCUCUGUCUGAAGGCCCCUCAGAUCACAGACCACUCCCCCAAGUACACCUGUGCCUGUCCUGACGGCAUGGAGCUGGGACCAGAUAUGAGGCGCUGCGCCGUGGUUCGACCCAGAACAACCACGACAGCAGCUACAACCACCACCACCACCAUGACAUCCCCCACCACAACCACUAGAACAACCACUAGCACGACUGUAACCACCACCACGACUCCACCCACAACCACCACCACCACUACUACUGUUGCUGCUGCUGCUGCCGCUGCUGCUACCACACUCAGACCCCCGGCCAGGCGUCUGACACCACAGCCACCUUCUCAGACCCCGAGGAGCACCUCCACCGAGCAUCCUCGGACCCCUGUUGCCACGAGUACAGAGACGACCAGUUUCAGCAGCACCAGUCAAAGGUCUACAUCCACACACACACCUCUAUUGGGCCCAGUGGCCCCCAACAGUAUUCAGAGAGAGAGCAACGCCAACCUCUCCCACAGAGCUGCAAGUGAUCACUACCUCAUAGGUAACAACAUCACGGUAGCUGUUCUGGGAAUAGUCAUUCCUAUCGUCCCUAUCCUUGCCACAGUGGUCAUCGGAUUGCUCUGCACCGGCGGAUACCUGGUUUGGCGCAACUGGCGGCGCAAGAACACCAAGAGCAUGAACUUCGAUAACCCCGUUUACCGCAAAACCACAGAGGACGACGACGACGAAAUCCACAUCGGGCGACACAGCGAGUCCAUCGGUCACGUCUACCCAGCAGUGAGUGGCAGCCACAGUCAGCCAUUCAUAGCGCUCCCUCUAGGGGGCGGCAUCACAGACAGCAACUCGCACUGGUACUCAGGGGCACCAAUGCUCUCCAGCAGCAAAUGAGAGAAAAGAAUCUUUGGAAGAAGAUUCUUUGGGAUAUGGGAGGAUGCGUAGGGAUUUGCUAAAGCCCGUUUGUUGUACAUGUACGCCUGGUGGAAAGAAAGAACAGGCCCGCACAUGCACACUCCCACAUACUCACGCAUCAUUUUUGCAGUUAUCACUGAAAACACCAGUCAUACACACAUAUUAAGCCCUGCACCAGUACACCAUGUUCACAAUUUAUUCACUUUCAUUGACCAUAAUCAUACAGUACAUACAUUUUAUCAACACACAUCCUUGUCGCCAACCUGCCAUCCCAUUUUUUUUGUUAACAUUCUGUGUGUUUUUCUGGUUGUUGAAAGUUUUUGUUUCGUUACUGGAAGACAAAUUUUCUCCUGAGGGCCCCAUUUGCCAACAAAACACAUAUCAUCUGUUGGUUUACAGCAGCAGCUGAUGCACAAGUUCUAAUUUUUUACGAGUCACUAGACAUCAGCAAGUAUUUGACACGAGCUAGGAAUUUUUUAGCUAAAAAUCACAACAAAGGGUUACCCAGGCAUUAAGGGGACAUUAAGGCUUAUGUAAUUAAUGCUGUCUUUAUGCAGUGCAGUAUGUGCAUGCUUUAUGGGGGGGCUUCUGCAGUGGCGUCUGUUUAUUAGUACAGCAGAGAUGAUUUUAGUGUUGAGAUGUCUGUGAGGCCAAGGAACAGUAGCUAUAUAGUCACCUCAGAAGGCUGACUGACAGGACAGCACAGCACAGGAUUAGACCUUUUUGCAAAUAAAUUGGAUUUUUAGAGUAGAUAGUAACAUCACGACACUGCCCUUAUGUGAAUUUUAUUUUUCUGUUACAGCUUAAAUAAGACAUAAAAGAUAGAAAGGGGAGCACAAAUCAGAGCCUAGGACGGUCUAAAAUAGAAUUUAUCUCAUAUUCUAUCUUGAGUGCAGCUGCAGAAGCGACGUAUCUUCACAUUUCAUGAGUUGCAGACUGCCCUAUUGAGUUCCCAUUGAUGCAGAUGCAUUUUUGAGAAUCACUGUUUGGCUUGAACCUGCAUUUUCUAAAAGAGACAAUGCCAGCUGUGAUUUGGACUCAAAUGUGCUUAAAUGAACCAGCAAAAGAGGAUGUCAUCAGGGUACUUACGCCAUUUAAUUAAUAUAUUUGUUGUUUUAGGUACAGGAGAGCAAGCAACGAAGGAAAGGGCAGCCAAAAAGGAUUAUGGGGGGGGAUGGGAGUCUAGCGCUUUGAUCGGUUGGCAUGGUAACACAGAUUUCUUUGUGUUGCUCCGGAGAGAAAGGAAGCAAAGAAUUCUGGGUAUCAUUGGCAUGAUGACAGGCUGGAGACACACACUCACACACACACACACACGAAACAGGUGCACGACUGAGUCAUAUUAAGAUUCAAGGUCGAAGUAACCAACCACCCUCGGUGAAGGGCUGCAGGGAGGGACGAUACUCUUUCUGGUCUCCCCGUUUUAUUAUCAGCUUCUGUACUGAUCUUUUUAUUGUCUUUCAGUCCUUUAACUUAUUUUCCUCUGCUCUCCUCUCCUCUCCUCUCCUCUCCUCCUCUCAUCAUGUUGUGGCAGCAUGGCAACUCAGACAGCCAGAGAAAUCAGGUUGGCAUUAUGUGGGCCAGAUAUUUGCAGCCGUAGGCAAGCAUCCUGCAUUUCUCACAUAGGAAGAGCCAGAGAAGGAGGGAAGGAACAAGGGGGGAAAUGGGAAAGAGGAGGAGAAGAAGAAGAAGAAGGUCAGGGAAAAGGAGGGAGAAGUGAAGACUGUGAUGAUAAGAAAAGGAGCAGGAGAAUUUUUUGGUGUGGGUGGCAUCUAGACUGGAAUCUAUCUCCUUUUCCUCUGAUUUUGUUCCUUUGUUCUCUGUUCAUCAUGCCGCUGUGUUUCCUUUUCCUGUUUCCUAUCUCAUUUCUCUCUCUCUCUCUCUCUCGCUCUCUCGCUCUGUCUCUCUCUCUCUCUCUCUCUCUCUCUGUCUCUCCACCAGCCUACUGUGGUAACGGUCUUUUUAUCUGCUGUUUGCAGCGCGUGGCACUCAGUCUGGAGGAUGAUGGCUAUCCCUGAGGGGGGAUGCAGCCUGCCCGCCCCCCACCCCACAUCCACCCCCAACCCACCCCCAAUCCCAUCCUGGCCCCUCCUCUCACCACAGCCUCCACACCACUACAAUGAGGCCAGUGCAGCGCAAAGGAGAAAGAGAAGGAGUCCUCAUUUUGCCUCCCCUUUUAAGGAGCAGGGAUGACAUGUACAUCUUGUAAAUCCCCUUCUCUCUCCUACUUUCUCCACUGGAGUAACAUUACUACCACUACUAGCCACUACUACUUCCUUUUAGUGCUAGUUUUUAGUGCUCGUGCUAGUAGCCUCUGCUCCACUCCUCUCUUCUCUCUCUGCCUCCUGUUAGCAGUAGUGGUGUGUAAAAUGCUGCUUGAUGAUUUUGUUCGAACUAACUUCAUUCGGCUGUCUCAGUGCACAUUGUAAAUACGAGGCUGUCUGGCCACCAUGCAAGGGGAAAGAGCCAGCAUGCAGUAUUUUUAAUUCCUCAUAUUAUGACUCCUUAUUUAUUUGUAUGUGUUUGCUGUUGUAAAUAUGAAAUCAGCAUCUCUCAGUGCACAGUGCUCAAGGUAGAUUUUGCAAGGGUAUAGUCGGCAUUUUAUUUUUUAUUUUUCCUCAUAUUUCCCCUUACAUCUUGAGUUGACAAGACAGGUGUUUUUUUAAAAAGGGGAAUGUCACCCUUUAUCACACCCAGCCCCUCAGAUUCCCUUGACAUAUUUAGGCAGGCAAAGCUAAAUAUAGCCGAGGGGAAAGGAGAAAGAGAAAAAUGAUUGGGCUGUCUGCGUGUUUGGAGGUGAUUUCGGGUUGAAAGAGCAAGGGAGGGUGCUUUCUGUUGAGAGGAAUAGGAGGAUUUGUGCCACCAGAGGGUAGUGCCUCAAGGCAAAAAGCAGCAGGGCAGAAAAGGCAAAGGAUUAUGGGUAAUCCUCUCUCCUGGUAUCAGAGGUAUGCGCACAGUCGAUAAUGAACUUGGGAUUGUUUGUUCAUUUUCGGUCGGUGUGUGUUCCUCUUUGACUUUUUGUUUGUUUUGCAUCUUCUGCAAUCAAUAUUGUAGAGGUAAAAGCCCAUUUCCAGACAGCAUAGAGAGUUACAAAACACUUUCCUGUGGCUGUUUUGAGAAAUAAGGCUCUGAGGUUCUGAGGUCACAGAGAUUCAAACAUCACAUCUAGCAUAAAUAAACAAAAUAAACUAUUUUCUAUUUCAUUCAAGAGAUUCAGAGGUUUUGGUUUUCAUUAUUUAAAAGAAAAAAACAAAAAGACUGUUCAAGCCUGUCAGGGAUUUGUUCUCUGUUGUUUAGUUGUUGAGUCUGUAUACAUUUAAAUGGAUAGUUGCACACCUUGGAAUAUAGAAAUGAAGUAUAAGAAAAUAAAGCACAGAUUGAAAUGAAGAGCCAGUUCUAACAUUGUGUGAGGCUUCUGAUUCCCGAUUAGGAGAAAGAACAAACAUCAAUAUAUUAGAAGAUUGAUAGCAGUAGACACCUGCCAAGUGUGAGUUCUUAUGUCUUUCCUAUAUUUUUAGCUAUAAGAGCCUUUAACAGUAAUAUACUUUUAUGGGUAUAGCUCCCAAACCAUCACUUUUCAUUUGAUUGGACAUAACUUGUUUCAAAACCUAAACACAAGUGUUUGAACUAAAGCACCCCGUAAAUAUGGAACUCAAUGUUUGCACAGCGCUGCUUUUGGUGUUUCAGAGCCCUAUAACUACCACGUCUUCACUUCUCCCUUUAACUGUGUAGCUGUGUGUUUCUAGAUGAGAUGCUGUAGAGAAAGAACCCACAUUUGUAUUAAAUCACUUCCUGCUGUCGCUGAUUGUUCAGUGUGGAUGUAAGUAGCCCCGUUUUGUAUAAAAAGAUGAGUAAUACGCUAAGCCUUCACUGACUGAGCCAAGCAUUGAUUUGAUUUGAAAGCUGGAUAUAGAGGAAAUGUGUAAACCAGCGUAAAGAGCUGAUCUUCCAUUGGCUUGCCACAGACAUGCUUCCAGCCCAUUGAAUCAGAUGGAAUUUAUGCCCAGUGAAUAUUGCAAUAAUUGCUUAGAAUGUGUUGUAAUGGUGAAUUACUAGAAGUCGUUAUGACAAGUUAACAUGAUAGCUGUUGCAAGUUGUUGUGGCAAAUUAACAAUUGUCCUAUUCUGGGUGUCAUUUAGUCUCUACAGGGCAUUUCAAAGUGGAUAAGCACACUCAUAAUGCAUUAUAUAAGAUAUAGAGCUGUUUUUGUGUGUCGGAAUUAUACAUACAAUACCGUUCUUCCAUUCUUAGAAUAACAAAUAUGAACAAGGGUUCGUUUCGGCUGAGCUUUGGUCUUUUUAUAAACCUGACAUAUGGCUGAAUAGCAAGCAAAAAAGCAUACAGUAUAAUGCAAACAUGAAAGUCUUCCAAAAUAGACUCAGCAUAUGUAUUCAUACAACUAUACAGGCAAUUUGUGCACACAGUCAAAACACAGCUGAUUACUGGUAGUUAUCACUCAUGGCUCACACUGUUUCUUGGAGAGGUUUGCUCAGUGUUAGAUGCUCAGGUAACCGCAGGGGAGGAAGAGACACGAAACAGACAGAGACAAAAGUAGGCAGGAUAUGACUGCCAGGAUUGAGACUAAACCAUAUGCGAACAGGUCUGCACUCAGAUGAUGAAUGGUGGGUCAUUUAUUCUUCCAGAUUUCUGCUGAUGUUGUCUCGCAGUACUCUGACACUCCCUCCCCUGACCACUCUCAGAAAAAUGGUACCCUUCUCUUCCCACUUUAUGAUGCACAGUGGGUGAUUUGUAUACACUGUAUUUGACAAGCGGUACGCUUGACAGGUAAAUUGCAGUCCCCUCCAACAUUUUCCCCAGCACGGCGCUCCCCCUACGCCUAUCUAACGAAUGAGGAUUGAGCACAAGGGGGAUGCCAUCUCCCUUCAUCUUAACCUUGUACAGAUGAAGCAAAAUGAAAUGUGUUACACGGUGGGGAGACUGUGACUCAGCUCAGCAUGAUCCUGGACUGGUUUGCUUGGUUCCUGCAGUGGUUUUUAGGCAGGAUUUGGGAUGGACAUAUAUGAAACAGUUUAAAUGGAUACAGCUGCAUUUUGAUAGAAAUGUAUAAAUAGUUUUAAUGUCAUCAGGAGGUAUGCUGGCUCAUGGGAAUUUUUAUAGAUGCUAACAUUGUCUAAAAACCUCUCAGUACUAAAGAAAAGAUUAAAAUAACGAUUAAUAAUGUAUGUAAAGUGACAAGAAGGAAAGACGCCACAGGUCUGAUAUCUUUGUGAAUUUAAGAUUUGAAAAAAAAAAUGCAAACCCUGGUCUGAACCUGCUCUACACCACACACUGUUGUUCGUGUCCAUGUUUGCUUCAGGUGUAAUGGAGUUCCAUACUGAGGGUUUGCAGUUAGGAGAAUAAAUUGCUUAUUUAUUGAGGUGACUGAGCGUGGCAUUGUAGAAAAGUUAUCAUUGCGACAGAGCAGCCGUCUCCCCAGAAGGACACGUAGAAAGUCCAGAGUGUCAUUCCUCAUAUGCGGUAAUUGUCGUCGUAGUAGAGGGCAUACUGUGACCGUAUGCUUUUCUGAACACCUACUGAUUGUUGUUCCAUAUUUACGGGGAUCAAAUAGGAGCUAAUCAAUGCUUUGAAGUCGGCGUCAUCAUAGUUUUACAAUCAGUAAGCCCAAUAAACAACAAGCUGCAGUUACAUCUAGUAUAAUUUAAUAAGUAUAAUUUUGAGCUCCCUGCCACCAUGCUGAAGAUGAAUAAUAAUGCAUUGUUUGCGUAUGUUUGUGUUUAGGUAAAUAUGUUGAAUUAUUCAGUUAUAAUAAUACAGGUGCUAUGUUGUAUAGGAAGGUGUGUCUCCAGGUUAGUUUUUUAUUAAUUAUUACUUGAAGUCUUUUCAGUGUUAACGCAGUAGUUACUGCAUUGGAGAACCAUGUGCAACAUGAUAUCUUGUACACGGUUAUUUAACACUAAGUAAUGGAAUAUUCCUAACAAAUGUGUAUAGUAAUAGGCAUUUGACAUUCACAACAGGUCCAACCAAAAUCCAUCCAUAACAAGACUAUUUCUGAUUUAUUUCAUGAGAAAUAUAUUAUAUGUUAUUAGCUGAUCAUAGAAAAUCCUAACAGCCCUGAUAACCCAUAAUCUAUUAUAAUUGUAUGCCGUAAUCAUAGCGUUCCUGAUUUGUGCUCCCUGUGCAUAACUUUCAUUCCUCUCUGCACUCUUCUAGUGAUCGUUCCCAAACAGAAAAUCUGAUCCAUGCUGCUUUAACCAGGAUGCACUGAAUGCUCUCUAACAUCUCUCACAUCUCUCCACCGCUUCAUUUUCUCAUGCACUGUAUCAAAAGUAACGCUACCUAUGGGACUUCAAGUCUUUCUGUGCUUGUUAUACUACUGAAUUUUAGUUUAAAGAGCAAAGUCAGCUUUGCUUUAUCAGUCCACUCAUGUUUCUCUUGCCACCCCCAUCUUCAUCUUAGCCAUCAACAUCUUUUCUUUGGCAAGGGCUAUCAGUCUUUGGGUAGACAGAUACAUACACACUGGACAAACGGAAAAAAACGCUGGAGGAAAUAACCUGGAACCCCACAAAUAACAAGAAACCCCCAGAGCUGGAAAAGAAAACCCUCUCCUGACUGUGAACCAGCGAACAGGCGAACAAGCAUGCUCAGCCAAGAGAAGCUGCCCCCCCGGCUACAGUUUUGGACUGUGAAAGGAACCCUCAUUGACUCUACUUGGCUGGCAUUUAGCUCUUGUUGACCCAGUGACUUUCCUUCACCAACUGGUUCCUCUUAUUAUCAUGUGGUUUUUUUGGACUGUGAGUCUGUAAGUGAGUUGUAGUUGUCACUCUCUCUUUCUCCUUGACAAACCAUUCCCAGUUUCAUAUUUGAUCUACUUGAUGUUUGAUUACUUGAAGGGCAGUGUUCAGUCGCCUACAUUUUUCUACCAGUCAGUGUAAAAUGAAGGUUUGGGGGAAGAAGACGGUGAAAUCUGUGUAUGUAAAUCUUUCUAUGGGUUGGGAUGAUGAUAUACAAGGGGCAACAUUUUGAUAACAACAGUACCGUCACAGGUUUGAACAAUAUUAACUUCAACAGGGAGAGUGAGGUGGGCAAUCAUUGCACACAUCAUCACUGAUACUAUUGGCUCCAGUUGUUUUGCAAAACUGUCUACCUGCAUUUUUCUCAAAAUGCCACUGAUGUGUUAUUCUCCGCAAGGAAAUCUCAAAAACCAUUCGGGGCUCUGUCCAUUCCACAGCCAUACGACAGGCAUUUUUUUAACGCUGUUUGUUGCACAAAACUUUUCAAGAAGCCUUCUGCACUGUGUAAAGAGAUAAUGUUCUUAAGAGGGGAGGACAAAAAGGGGGUGGGGGGGUUGGUCUAAUGGUACAGUCCAAUGGUUUUGAAUCAUGAUUUGUAAAUACGUUUUCAUACAGCAAAAACUUUUUGAUAAUGUUUUAAAUGUAUCUGUAAAAAAGAUGUACAUAAACCUCUGGGGUAAAAAGGAGUGUAGACUAUAUAUGAAUUUAUUUGUACACAAGAGCACUGGAUUUCUUUACUACUUGAUUGUAACUAAAAAUUAAUAAUCUGCCAAAGUGUUUUUAUUUUACUUUUUCUCCUGUCUCUUCCAUUCAUUUGUGUUUUUGCUUUUUAACAGCAUUGCAGAUUUUUAGUGUUCAUACUGUAUUUAAUUCUGUUGAAUAGAUUUUGUUGUUGUGUGUUUUUUAAAAAAAAAAAAAAAAAAGAAGAGGGGUUAUCAUUUUAAUUUAUUGGUGCCUUGUUUUGUGCUCCUGUAUACUUUUACUCUUUCUGUUUUUCUGUGUUACGUGUCUGCGGGAGGGCAAGGGAUGGACUGGUGGGUUGGUGAGGGGAGGGGUGGGGGGUGAGUUAAAAACUUAGCAACUUCUGUACUUACAUGGAAUAUCUGUACUGUAUGCCAAAAUGGUCACACUCACGUUUCUAUGAAAUCAAGCUGUUGAUAAAUAUCUCUAUAUAUUGAUAUAUUAAAUUUAUAAAAACUGUCCAA